AUACAUAGAUCCAAUCUAAUCAUCCCCUCAACCCUCCCCUCAACUCAACCACCAUGGCCCCGCCAUACUCAUUCAAAGACAUCUUCCCCGACCCAGACCGAUCCCCUCUCUCCCUCGACGAAGCAACCCGAGCACUCUACCGCCGCGCAAUUGAAGACCCCACAUCCCUAACAGACGAAGAACGAAGAAUAGUAACACACCGUCCCCCGCGCCCCGAGGAAGACGAGCACUGUCGAAACGCCUGCGGCCUCAGCCACCCCGAGCUCGUCAGGAAAUGUAUCGACCACGCAGACAACCUCUCGUACAAGGAGACCUCCUUGAUUCUGGCGGGCGUUGUCCCCUGGGAAGCGGGCAAGCAGUUGAGCUACCGGGUGCGGUUGAGUGGUGCCGAUCGUGAUCUGCUUCAUAAAGCUGCUGCUGCGGCGUGGACGGAAGAGUUGAAGGCAGCUCGGGCGAACGCAAUGCCGGUCCAAAGGUGGUGGCUCCGGGCUCAUGUGGAGGCGGGGAAUUACCUUAAUGACGAUGAUAUCCGACAUAGUCUCUUUGCAAUGAAAGUACCUUGGCAAGAGCAUGUGCUCAAUCAGCCCGGGACAGUCUGUGGACUGGUGGUAUUCUACCCUACUGUCCCUGAAUGGCCACCGUAUCAGGAGGAAAUUGAAACUGCCAUUUACCACGGAUUACACUAUCCCAUGGAGGAGAUCGAGGAUGCUGUUCUCGCUAAAUUCACCCUCCACUGGGUACAACAUGAUAGUAAUAAUACAGACGAUCUACAAACCACGUUCGUUUCCAAGAGAGACAGCGGCGAACUCCCACGAGGCCUACGGACAGACGCCUUUCUAUACGUGGACCACGAGGCGCUGCAGUCGCGUGGCUCGCGCAGACCGUUUGUCUGGCUGUGGGAGCCAAAGCGCACUACCGAAGAGGACCCGGGACCUCUCAGAAUUGAUAUCAAACAUAUUGCGCCGACGCUUUUUGCUCGCCUCCCCCAGCGAGAUUUCUCUCCCGGGGAGGAGCAAUGGAAGCCCUAUCGACGGGGUUCUAAUCUUCCAAUACUCCAUCACGUUACACAGUACUCGAAAAAUCUUACUACGUUGGUGAAAGAUGGGAUCUGGCCGCCGCCUGCGAGGGCGAUGUAACUCGUUGACUUACUGUUGCCACGUCGUGGAUGGGUUUAUUGGUGUUGGGGAUGGAAACAAGAUGUCUUCAACAGCCUCGACGCAGUGAGAGUAUUCUUGAACAGGUUCGUGCGGUUUAUUCGGUGUUCCAUUGCAGUCAGUCAGUCUACUGAUAGAACAGCAAGGCAGAAUUUGAAGGUGACCAUCGC